AUGCUCUAACCAAUUAAAUGGGCCUAGAUUAGUAAUCUAAUAUAAAAUUUAAGCUAGAUACUCCUUGUUGGAUAUUCAAUGACUAAAAAUUAAUUCCUGGAGUUGUUCUUUAAGCGUCCCCUAUUUUGAUUAAAACUGCAGAAGGUAAUAUAGCAGAUUCCAAAAAUGUAUAUCAAAGAAGUUUGGAUAAUUUACAAGAACUUGAAGAUUUAAUUGAUCUAUCAAUUUUAAAUGAGGCUGAAGUUCUUAAUGCAUUACACAUAAGGUUUUAACAAAAAAAAUUUCAAAUUUUUUGUGGAUCAUCUUUUCUCAGUAUCAAUCCAAUUCAGAAGGAAAACUUUAAAUCUUAACUACUUUAACAAGCUACACUAAAUGUUUUCCAUCAAAUGAUUGACCUACCAUAAUCAAUUAUUAUUACUGGGGAAUCAGGAUCAGGUAAAUCUGAAAUUAGUAAACAAAUUUAAUUGUAACUAUCUAAAUUUGGAAAUCUCCACACUAAAUUAUUGGCCUGCAAUUAAAUUAUAGAAGCCUUUGGAAAUGCCAAAACCCAGAGAAAUUUCAAUUCCUCACGUUAUGGAAGAUUUACUAAAAUGCUUUUUGAUAAAGAAUAAAAGUUAUGUGGUGUUCAUAUAACUGCUGUUUCCCUUGAAAAAUCACGCAUCUACAAUGUACCACAUGGAGAAAGUAAUUUCAACAUCUUUUAUUAAUUCUUGAAUUAUGGAUAAUUGUCAAUAUUUAAUAUCAAUACAAAUCAACAAUAAACCUUGAUACCAAAUCCGUUGAAUUCUAAAUAACCUUAGUAAUUGUCUUAAAAAGAGGCCUAACAAUUCCAAGAUACUCUUGAUGCUCUCAAGCUAUUCAAUAUCAAUAUAGAUGUAGUUUUAGGAAUAUUGGCUUCUAUAAUUAAAUUAGGUAACAUUUAGUUUGAAGAUCAUGAUAAUAAUUGCACUAUUCAAGAUUAGAAAUCGAUUCUGCAGAUAAGUCAUUUAUUAGGAAUUUCAGAUAAAGAAUUAGUUAGAUGCUUAUGUUACAAAUAGAGAUAAAUGUCUAAAAAUGAAGUCAUCGAUACUCCUUUAAGUAGAAUAGAAUGUAUAAAUUAACAAUAAAAUGUCAUUAAACAACUAUAUGAAAGAUUAUUCGAAUUCUUGAUUGAUUCCAUUAAUAUUUAAAUGGCCACAUAAACAAAUAAGUAUCAUAUCAGCAUCCUUGAUUAUUUUGGAUUCGAAUAAAAUAGUUUUAAUAGUUUUGAAUAGCUGAUAAUCAAUUAUUCUUAAGAAAAGAUACACCAAUUUUAUUUGUUUGAUACAUUUCAAGGAGAUAACAAAGUCUUCCAAUAGGAAGGUUUGACUAACAAUCAAGGACCAACAAAUCAUAUAAAUAAUAUCCAUAUUUUAGAGAGUUUAGAAAGAGCUCCUUUGGGAAUUUUGAAUAUCUUAGAUGAUAGUUGCGCAGUGGCAGGAACUGAUGAAACAUUUUUAACUAAAGUUAAGAAUGCUUAUGUGCACAAUCAGAUUAUCACAUAUUCAAAAUCUUCAUCUUAACCGAUAUUUAGGAUUCGUCAUUUUAUCAGAGAAGUGGAAUAUAAUGUCAUUGGAUUUAGAAUUAAAAAUAAAGAUGAGGUGAAUAAAUAGUUUUAAAUUCUGCUAUAAAAAUCAAAGAUUUAAUAUAUAUCGACAAUAUAUUAGCAAAUCAUUACGUAAAAGUAUGUAGGAACAGUGGCAAGGGCAGAAUUAUAAAAUAUUAUUGGAUCUCUAAAAGAUUGCAAUAACUAUUUCAUAAAAUGCAUAAAACCAAAUGAUUCAUUAAUACAAGACUAAUUUAAUCAAUAAUUGGUGCUAAAUUAGAUUAAGUAUUCUUGUAUAGUGGAAUGCUUGUAAAUGAGGAAGGAGGGCUAUGCUUUCAGAAGAACUUAUUAGCAAUGUUACGCAGAGUAUUUUGGAGUGAACUAAUAGAAAAAAGUAGAUUAGAAAACAGCUGUAAUUAACUACAUUAAGAGAAACUUUGCAUUUACUGAUGAUUAGAUUUUAUUUGGUAGUCGAAUGGUUUUCUUUAGAUAUCAAUCUUAUAGGAUUAUUUAAUAAGAGAUUAAUAAACAGUAAAGUAUAAAAUAAAAGGCUGCUUCCAAAUUAUAGAAUGCUUGGAUUUGUUACAAAAACAAAAUGAUCUUUAGAGAAUUUUAAUGUAGAGUUAUUUAUAUUUAAUCUCAUAUUAGAGGAUAUUUAUCAAGGUAAAGAUAUAUUAGAUUCAUGCAGUCUAUUGUUUUUAUCUAAUUCAAAAUAAAAGAGUAUUUAAAAAGGAUAAGUUAUAAAAGAUAUUUAUAAGCAUCAAAAGUAGUACAAACCUAUUUUAAGAGAAUAUGUGCAAUUAAAUAAAUGAUUGUUGAAGAACAGUGUGUAAUAAAAAUAUAGAGAUUUGUAAGAUAAAAGCAAUAGUAAUAAGACUAAUAAGUUGAAAAUGACAUUAAAAAAUUAUUGAUUAAAGUUACAGAUUAAGCAUGGAAAGUUAUUGUUUAUAGAGCUGCAACAAAAAUUCAGAAAACAUGGAAGGGUUACAUAACACGCAAAAAUAAUGAAGAUAAUAUCUAAUCAAUUAAAUUGGCAGGGUUUUUAGUUACAGCCAAUUAAGCUGCUAUUAUAAUCUAAAAAUAUGUCAGAAGAAACUAAUAAAGAAGAUAUUUCAAAUCAUUAAAAACAGCCACUGCUUACAUUUAGGGAUGGAUUAGAAGCAAAUGGUUAUCUGAUCUAUUUCAGAGAAUCAGAUAUGCUGCCAUAGUAAUUUAAAGAGGAGUGAGAAAGUAUUUUAAUUAAUACAGAUAAUAAAAGAAGUAUGAGGACAUGAUUUUGAAACCUUUGGAAAAUGAAUUGAACAGGAUAAGAGAAUAAGAAUUCAUGAAUUUGCAUGAUAGCUAUAUUGAAUCUGUUUUGGAAACUGAAUAGGAAAAUACUCCUGGAAAAAAGAUUGAUUUAUUUAGUUAAGUAAUAGAUUUAGAAAUAUUGACAGAUGUGAGUGAAAUAUAUGAUACUUUAUGGACUUCCUUAUAUAAAAGAUGCUUUAAAGAAUGUUACGAAAAGUAGAAUUACAUUUCUACAUAUUCGAUAGGAGAAUGCCAUGCAUAUGUAGGAACAUUGCAAAAUAAAGUCUAUUCUUGGGGAUUGAAUGAUUAAUUAUAGCAGGGAUUGCUUAAAUAAAAUGCAAAUAAAAUUAAUUAAAUACAAUUUUAAUUCAAAGUCAAGUCAAUUAAAUCUGGAGCCAAUCAUGGGUUGAUUUUAAGUUAAGACAAUAUUUUAUAUUCAACUGAUGAAAAACAGUGUAUUUUAAAGAAUAUUAAGUUGUUUUCAGUUUACAAUGAUGAUAAUGUGGCUGUUGAUGAGAACAAUUUAAUUUAUAUAUGGAAAAAGAAAUAAAAAAAGCCAGCUGAAUUAAAAUCAUGGACUACAUUCAUCAGAAUGAGUUAAAUAUAAUAAAAGAUUUAAGUCCAUCAAAUAUCACAUGGUUUGCAAUUCUUUAUUGUAUUAUCCACUAAUGGAAUGAUGUUCUCUAUGGGUGAAAAUACAGUUGGGGAACUAGGAAUAAAUAGAGGUCAUUCGAAGAAUGAAUUAACUUUAAUUGAAUUGUCUGAUAAAAUCGCUGAAGUACAUUGUGGAAUGAAGCAUACAAUAGCCAAGUCCACUUUAGGGAAGGUUUACACUUGGGGUUGGGGUCAAAUGGGACAAUUAGGACAUGGGAACCUUAAGGAUGAAGCCUUUCCAAAGAUGUUACCAUUCGAAUCAAAGGUUCUUUAGGUGAUGGCUGGUCAUAAACAGUCGAUUGUAAUAUUGGACACAAAAAAGGUUUAUUGGUGGGGGACUAAUUCCUGCCUAUAAUACCAAUAGAAACCAGUUGAAUAUAUGACCAAUUACCCAGCAGUUAGAGUAUUAAGCAGUUGGAGUAGAACACUAAGUAUUGUGUAUAUUACGUUCGCCAAAACUUAUAAAUGUAUAGAUGAUAACAUUAAGUUGAAAAAUAAGAUUAUCAAUUAGAUGGUUAGCAAGUGGAGUGAGAAUGAUCUCUACUCUUUAGAUCCUCCUUAUUGUGACAAUCUUGCUAAUUAUUUCAAUCAAAUGAAAAAACCUUAACAAAAAUUAAAUAUAAAAUUUGCCUCAAAAAUUGAACAUUAACAAUUAGUUAAAUAACUCUAGUAGUCUCCCUUUAAUUUACUUGAUGAUGUCAAGGAUUCAAGUUGUUUUUUUAGUUUCAAGAAUGAGUCGAAUAUAUAAUUGCAAAGAUAGUUAUUGGAACAUUCUGAAAACACAGAUAUUAUCAAUGCCAAAUCUUAUCAUAUCGAUAAUUCGAAUAAGUAAAUUUGAUUAUUAUUUAGACUCAAAUUGCUUAAGGCUGUGAAGAAAUAUCGAAAUGAUCCUUAAUUAUAGGAAAUACUAAAAUAAUCUGAAUUAAGUGAUAUAUUAUAAUAUAUAAAUUGAUUAAUUUAAGCAAUCGAAAUGAGGUAUUCUUCAUGGAAUAAUUAGUGAGGAAAACAAGUAAGAAUAACAACUGGUCUUUUCUGUAAUAGAAGAAGGCUACUUCGAUCAAUUGCUCAAGAGAGUACUCAGAAAAACCCAAGAACCCUAGCAUCAAAUAUCAUUGAAGGAAGCUUAAGCAAUAGUGAACACAGCUUCGAGAUCAUCAGACUUGUAGUAAAUUAAAGAAUUGGGAUUCAAAGAUUUUGUUGGCUACUUGCAAUCUAUAAGGGAUGUUUAUAUCGAGUAUAGAAAAUUUCAAAAACAAGUGCAAACCCCAGAUAUUCCUGAUGAUUUAGAUGAAAUGGUUUUAGGUUGUUACAAUACAGUGCCUGCAUAUUUUUUUGAUUAGCCGUUCCGAUUCAACUAUCAACUAUUCUCAUUGGGCAAGGAUAAAAUUAAUCAGUAUUUAGAGGAGAUCAAGGAUCAUUUAGAUGAUGUAGAGAUUACCCUAUUCUUCUAAAUUAAUUCUCGCUUCGAUAAGUUUCUUAGUGUAAUAUUAAAUUUGAAUGAGAUGAAUUAAAUCAUAGACCAGAAUAUUAAAAAAGUCAAGCGAAUACGUGAAAUAUAUAGUGUAACUAGAGAACAUAUGAUAAAAAAGAGCACGGAAAUCACAAAGAAGAAACAAGUAUUAAUUCUUAUUGAGUUUAGACAAUUGAAAAAGUUGAGAACAUUUUAUUCACUCUUAAACGUAUUUAGUCGAUUUAAAAGAGUUUCCUUACAUUAACAGAACUUAUCAAUACUAAGAAAUAUUCCUAAGCAGUCUAAUUGCUUAAAGUAAGUGAAUAGACAUAUUAAACUAUUAAAUCAAUAACAAGUUUAAAGUUCAUACCUUAGAAACUGGAACUUCUACAAAAGAAUCUAUACACAACAAUUUUGAAUCAUCUUCUAUCAAUAAUGCUUACUCAAAUGACAUAAUUAUUAACACCAAACAAAUAACUCAUUAAUUAAUUGACUCAUUAAUUGAAUGAUCAUGAUGAUUCUGUGCUUGCCAAUUCUUAUGUAAAUGAUAGUUGGUUUGAAUAAUAACAGUAAUAAAUCAUAUCUAUAAAUAAACAAUCUGAUGAUAGUUUUAUUAAAACUCUUUUAUCCUCAUCAGGCAUUAUUGAUAUGGGCGAUAAAAUAUUUAAAUAAAAGGUUCUGGAGGAAUUGCAAGGAUAUUAUUAGGAAUUUCUCAUUGCAUUAAAGAAUUUCUUCAAUUAAGAGGAUUCCUAAUAAUAAAGUAAAUUCGAUGAGUAAUCUACGAUGGAAUAACUAUCUUAAUACAUGGAAGAACAACCAUUAAGCAUCUUUAUCAAAAUUGUUUAAUUCUUUUCUGAAAAUUUAAAAAAGACAAUUAAUCUCUAAAUUGCACUAGCUCAAUCUAUUGCCAAAAAUGUAUUAGAUCAGCCCAAACAUAUGGAAAUAAUAGAAGAGCAUUUUUCUAUUCCUGUAGCAAUGCUCAAAUUUGCUAAUGAAAAGGUUGCUUUAUUGUUGUCAUCUAAGAGGAUUGCUUCUGAAUCUUCAGUUAAAGAUUUUAUCGAUCUACUGUAAAUAUAUAAGUUUUGGGAUUCAUUUUUGUAAUAAGAAAUGUCUAGAAUUAAUGAUGAUUUACAAAUCAACGAUAAAAUAAUGUAAAAAAUUAGAGGAUAAUAUUAGAAAUGUUCUAUCAAUCAAUUAAUUUAUAUGAGAAGUGCUUAGGAAAAGCAAUAUCUCUAAAAUUUUCAUAAAGAGAAGAAAACGCAAUUGAAUAAAUAUCUAGAGAAUGAAACUUGGUUGGCAUCAGAUGUGUCUUUUGACAAUUACGAAAUAAUUACUUAUUUAUUGGACCUAGAAGACUUGAAAUAAGUUGAAUAGUUAGAUGAGAGUGUUCUUCUUAAUAAUAGUACUAUGGCUGGGAAGAACCUAUUGCCUUCCUACGUGAAUAAUUCACAUUUCAAAAUAAUUAAAACUGAAAUUAUCAUCUUAAAAGACAAUUCCAAAUAUAAAGUAACACAAGCAUUCCUAUUUUUUUUAUAAGCUAUUAGUCAAUAUUUGCAUUUAUUUGAGUCAUACUCAGUUAUCAAUUAUGAAUAAGCGUAAAAGUUGGUAGAAUUAAUAAAAAGUUAUAAUUCUUUAGCCACCUAAUAUAUUUUGGGGGCAGGCGCUGUUCAUUUUGGUAAAAUAUCGACAAUUACAGCUAAGAAUUUGGCAAUAUCAUCAAUAUGUUUGAGACUCUUCCUAUACUUGUUAGAUCCCUUAUCUAAUAAAUUAUUUAAAGUAAUUAAGUAAGCACAUUAUACUUAUAUAUUAGCCAACAAUAACAAACAGAGUUUACUAAUCUACAAUAAAUCCAGAAUGAUUUUGCGACAAUCAAGGUAGAUUAUGAAAAUCAUAAUGCUGAAGUAAUGGCCAAACUUACUACCAUAGUGUAGGAUAGAUUUUAUAAGCAUUUCGAAGACAUUGCCAAAUUAGAGUGGAAUGUAAUAUUGAAAUAUAAGCCUUUAGGACUCUUAAACAAAAAUUACUGUUCCCACUAAGAUGACUAAUCAAAUCUGUUAGAAUACUCGGUCUCUUUAUGUUGCCAUUGAGGAUAUUAUCACAAAGGAGGAUCUUUGCAAGGUGUUUGGACAUAUUGUAUCCAUCCUCAAUUCAGAUUUUGUAAAGAUAUUCAAGUAGCUUAACAUAACAUCCAAGUAAGAAUAUUGUUGAUCUUCUUAGAAUUGGGUUUACGAGGAUCAAAGAAGAGUUGGACUACUUUAUGAAUUCUUUAAAGGACAUAGGACAGUUGCCUUAAUUGUUGGCUGAUUAAUAUAAAAAUAUUGAAUCGGAUAUCACAACGGUGAUAGAGAGUAAACAAUAAUGA